AUGCAUAUCGAGAACAACGGUUCAUUGCAGGAGAAAUUGAUGUUAACGAAAACUCUUGCGAAGCUUUCCGUACAACGCGGAACCCUGCGUAACGUCGUUCAUCUCGUUGGAAACCAUUGGAUUAAUGAGGUUUGUGUGCAAUCCAUGCAACGUUUUCAAAUUCCAUAUUGUUCAGAUUAUGCAGGACCACGAACGAUCCAAGUGGUCAGUCUCACUGAAACCGCAGGAACCGAACAAGACAAUUCCGGCGGAAAUGCUGAACGCUCCAGCCGGUCAGUUUUACAAAACCAGAGACCGUUAUACUUCAUUGUUUCCAGGCCUGCUCGCCAAAGUUCUGAAGGUGAAAAAAACGCCGAUGAACAGACGAUCGGCGAAAAAUAUUGCGAUUCUUUUCAAACUGCAUCUCGCAAACAUUUUGUAUGUUUCCCGGAGCACGUAUAACACGGACUUUUUCUGCUUUCAGCAACCACAGUCGUUCGACGAGCAAGAAAGAAUUGAAGAGAGCGAGAGGAGUGUAG